CCCACGACGACACAACGAUACAUAUAAACACAAGGGUACACAAUUGCUAAAUGUUGCAUUUAUUAUUUUGAAAUUAAGUGAAGACAAGCAGCACACACAACAGCCGUUAGCAGGAUAAACAAGUUGCACACCAUGGAUCUUGACUGGCAAAACGGUCUGACAGAGAUCAAGGACCGCGGUCAGUAUCUGCUGCACUCAGAAAAAUGGGCCGAUUGCCGCUUUCUCGUUGGAACACCGCCAAAUCAACGCAUCAUCUCCGGCCACAAGUUGCUCCUGGCGAUGGCAUCGCCAGUGUUUGAGCGCAUGUUCUAUGGCAAUCUGCCGGAUAAAACCGAUCCCAUCAUCAUACCCGAUGUGCAGCCGGAGGCAUUUGAGGCAAUGCUCGAUUACAUUUACACAGAUCGCAUUACAAUCGGCUCCUUUGACAAGGCCUGUGAAUUGUGCUACGUGGCAAAGAAAUACAUGCUGCCACACGUCGUCACCCGAUGCACGCACUUUCUCUGGGCCGAUCUCAGUCCAAAGAAUGCGUGUCGUGCCUAUGAAUUUGCCAAACUCUUCGAUGAGCCGCGUCUGAUGCAAAGCAGCAUGGAUUUGAUUGCGGCAAACACACGUGAAGUGCUGUCGGAUCCCAGUUUCCUGGACAUCGAGGUCUCCACCCUGAUGGCCAUACUGGAUCAGCAUCGUCUCAACAUUGACUCCGAGUUGGAUCUAUUCAAUUGCCUGCUCAAAUUUGCCAGCGAACGCGGCAUACUCAACGAACACGGCACCGAGGAGACGCUGCCCAAAUCCUCGGCCAGCGCCGAACACAAUGAAAUGCUGGCCAACGAGCAGGCCAACGAUAUUGUUGUCGAAGAGAUCAAAAUGGAACCCGAUGUGGCUGCCAUGGUGCGGCACAUGCAUCACGAUGUCGACGAUGUGGUCGAUAUUGCGGCUCAAUCGGGAGGACCAUCGAUAUCGCCAGUCGGUUCUCCUUCGGCAGCAGCGAAUGCUGUCGUCGCCUCAUCGAGUUCGUCCAGCUCAAUCGGCGCAGCUUUGGCGCCACUACACAACAACAGCAACAACAACAACGAUAGCGAUGUGGUGAUCAUCGAUAGCGAUGCCUCCGGCCAUGCGCAGGAUGAGCUGAAUGCGGCCGAGGCGGCGGCGAAUAUGAUCAACAUGAUGGACGCACAACGCACCAUCAUGGAUGGCGCCAUGCUGCGCCAGGCGGUGAAGAAGAUUCGCUUCCUGACGAUGACGCCCCAACAGUUUGCCGAGGGUCCGGCGCGCUCCAAGCUGCUGCAACAGCACGAAGCGCUCGCUAUCCUCAUCAAGAUCUCCAGUCCGACAUUGAAUGACUGCAACAUGCCCGAAGGAUUCUGCGUUUCGCGCAGCACACGGAACUUCUUUGAGUCGGCGCAUCGUCAGCGUGAAUUGAAUUCAUCGUAUCGUUUGAAUGCCGCCUCCGUGUCAUCUUUCUCGGCUGCCACACGUCUCACAUAUCCUGCCACCCAGCCGGCGGCAUUCUCCAGACAACAACAACAGCAGCAACAACAACAACAGCAGCCGCAACGCAUCAGUGUGCCUUUGAAUCUGGGCGCUGCCAUGGAUCAGCUGCCCAUACAAAAUCCACCUGGAACUGGCGUUGGCGGCGGCUUCUUCAUCGAGGAUGGCGCCGACGGCGGAGCUGUCUUUGGCGAUGGCUUUGAGGCGGCUGGAGCAGCGCCCAAUGAGGCAUCCGGUUCGAGCAACUCUUUCCACGACAUGGUCCGCUCCUACUGCAAGCGUUCCAUCGUCCGGGAGUUCGAUUAUCGCAACACCAGCGUAACCGAUGCGGGCGUCACCUUCCAGGUUGAUACCAACAUCUGGAUCUUGGGCGUUCAGGUGCCCACCCAAGUGCUCUGCGGCGAGUUGAUGAACUCGGCUGGAUUUGCCGAGCUGUACACCGAGGUGCUGUACGCUCACAUCCAGGAUAUGCACGGCUCAAGGAUUGCGUACACGCAUUGCACAGCCCGUGUGCGCUAUGAUUCGCAUUUGGAUAUCACAUUCGAUCGUCCCGUUUACAUUUAUCGCAAUCAGAUCUACAAAAUUUACGUGGUCUUCAACAAGAUGGGCUGGUAUCCCAUGUAUGCCUGUUGUCCGGAUACCAUUAAGCAGCGCGUCAAAUUCAAGUUCAACGUGGGCAAUCCCAGCGAGAGUGUGCGCGAUGGUCUCAUUUAUGCCAUCAUCUUUUCCACGCCGCAGGAUCAAGUGCGUCAGCUGAUUGACUAAAAAAAGAAGCAAAUCGGCAAAUCGAUAUUUCGAUUUUUAUCGAAGUUCCAUGUGAUAGUUUGUGCGGCAAUGCGACCGUUACUUUUUUUUCUUUUUGGUAUUAAAAUACUGACAAAGCAGCAGACCCUUUUUUUGCUGUUAAUAUGACCGAACACAAAUUGAAAUCCGUUAUUCGUAUCGCCAUUGAAUUUGUCAUCAGUUUGAAGCCGCGAUAUUCGAGUGGCGCCAAAAAUUGUUUUAGACGGCCUCUUUAAUUUUCAUUUUUGAUGUAGCAUAAGAAAAGAGAGUAAUUCUCUUGCAUCUCUCGCUUAAGCAACAACUAAAGUCUUCUGCGUGUGUUCUUCAAUUAUAACUAAUAAAUAAAUACUUUCCUUAAA